AUGGCGAACGUGGCUACUCUCACGUCCAAACGUGGCGGCAAUCGCGAUGCGGUUACUCGACUCAUCGCCAAAAUCUCCGACAUCAUCGCCGAUGCUGCUAUGGACAGAGACCGAAAAAUCUACGAACUCAACAAGAAGUUGACAGAUCUGCACGACAAGAUCAAGGUGGUUGAGACGCUCGAUACCAAAAUCGUUGAACUGUUGGCCGCUGCUGACGUGCAGGCUGAAAUGGACAGUGCUGGCGUGAUCAAUACGACAGCGUACGACGCUCGUGACGCAGCAGAAUUCACUCUAAAGAAGCUUAUGGAUGAAAAAGCCGCAGAAGCAGCAACCGCUGCUGCUGCCUCUGCUGCUACAGUAGCAGCUACCAAUCCAAAUCCUCCAGCACCUACAAUAACUCCAACCUUCAACGUUACUACUGCCACUGAUUCGAGUCAUCUCCCCAAAUUCAACCUUCCCGAAUUUGACGGAAACAUUCUUCUAUGGAACGCAUUCUGGGACGUCUUCGAAGUAGAAGUCCAUCUUAAAACUAAGUAUUCUAAUGCUACCAAAUUCAACUUCCUUAAUUCUCGUCUGUCCGGUGACGCAAAAGCUCUUCUUCUCGGCCUUGUGCUAAGCAACGACAACUACACUGUCGCCGUCGAUCUACUAAAAAAAUGCUUUGGUCAACCGGCCAAAACUAUCAUGGCUCACAUGCGAGCACUCACAUCGUUACCAAACCCCGGCACUGAUCGGGUCUCUCUCCGCAAAUAUGUCGAUUGUUUAGAGUCUCACAUCCGUGGCCUCGAAGCUCUAAACAAGAAACCUGAUUCUUAA